AUGGGUCAUAACGCUUCUACCAACGGCCACUAUAGCCAUCACCAGGGACAGUCGAUAAACACCUUAUCUACCAGAAAGUCCAAUGCAUCCGCUGAGAGCCAAGUCAGAAAAUCGGCAGCAGGCACAACAAAGAAUAACAACUCACUUGACGAAGAAUUCAGCGAUCUCAUCUUGCACCAAGUAGUACAACAGCAACAACCAAAACCAAGUGCGUCUAACACAUUGGUACAACCAAUGUCACAAAUACAAAUACAACCACAAACACUGAACCCAAGCUACAACCAAUUCUCCAGUGGCCUUAUCGAGGACGAAUUUAAUGAAGUCAAUGACGGCUUGGUUGAGGAACCAGCCUCAUUAUCAAGAAACAUUCUUCCCGAUAACAACUACCUCGAAGAAACUAACAACAACACAAACAACACAAACACAAACAACACAAACAAAGAAGUUAUAAAUGAAACCCACCAAUACAACACUACAGAGACCCCUGAAAACAACGACGAAACAAUUGACCAUAUGGACCUUGACACCCCAUUCACCCAGGACUCGGACGACAUACAAGAAUAUGAGUACCCCUUGUCCCAAACACCAACCCCAGAUCUCUCCAAAGUUGAUUUCACCAAAAUCAGCAGCCAAAUGCCAGCUUCAAAUACUCACCUGCCAAAAGAUGCCAAUGAAAGAGAACAACAAAAAUCACCAUCAGCACCCUUUCUUCCGCCACCCCCACCAACAACAACCACAACACGAAUGAUGUCUGCUGCAUCAGUUGCCAGAUCGGCUCACUCUCCUUCACCUAACCCCGAUAAGCACCAGCACCAUCAGCAACAACAACAAAGCUAUUUCCCAAACUUGAGUCAACACAAUCACAACAAACUGUACUUGAACAAUGACCAGAAUAUCCCCAAACAAGGUCGAAACAAACAGUUCAAGAGCAACACCCACCAAGAGCAAUUCCUCAUCCCUAUUGAGAUAAAAUGGGUCAACAGCAACAAGGAGCCCAUCAACAAGAUAUCCAUAAUUGGAUCGUUUUCCAAUUGGCGUGAUGUCAUCAAGCUUGUACCCCUGCAACAACACCCGAAUGAGUACAACACGACAAUAAAUUUACCAUUGGGCGUACACAAGCUAUUGUAUAUAAUCAACAACGAAUAUAGAGUUAGUGACCAAUUACCAACUGCCACCGACCAGGAAGGGUUGUUCUUCAACUGGUUCGAGGUUAUUGAUGAUACACACUUGUUUAACCACAGCUCAAACCAACCAAACCAUAUCGGCGCUAGUACCGAUUAUGAUGCAAAUAUCAUCUCGAACCCAGACUUGACGGCACAAUCACCAAGACAUCAGCAACCAAACGCAUACACAUCGCUGUCAUAUACAACGCCACGAUUGGCUGGGAAAUACGAAGUGGAGAAGAUUCAGGAAAAAUCAAAUGAACUUCUCCAGAAAAUCUCAAAAGAAGGAAGCUCUCAAUUCGAACAUGUAGAAUACUAUGAAGGAAACGAAGACGCAAUGGCAUAUGAUCAUGAUAAUAAUGACAACGACGAAGGAGAAGCUGAGUUGAAAGAGAAACAUAAAGCACAGCAACAACUGUCGAACUACCCUUACCAUCAAUCCGAUUUUAGCCACUCCCUGCAAAUUCAGCAACAACAACAACAACAGCAAACUCAAGGACAACAGUUUUCACCUUAUGAGCUUUCCCACUCAGAUUCUUUUAUCAGUCAGGUGGAGAAACUAGAAUAUUCUAGCGAAAUCCCCGAAAUGUUUGUAAACUAUGACUACUUUAAGAUGAAACCUGCCGAUUACGAGCUUCCCGAGCCACCACAACUUCCACCACACUUGAACAAUGUUCUUCUCAACAAAAUUUCAAACCUGCCCAAUUCAGCAAGUAAUUCAUCAAAUACAUUACCUGGGCCACCACCACUCAAUUCAACCAUGACGCAGCAAGGAGCAGGCUCCUCCUCCAUUAGCUCGAGCUACAAUUAUAAACGACCACCAUUGCGUCGUGCCGAUAGUUCAUACUAUGCGUCAAACAAGGAAGCCUACCAUCUGGCUAUACCAAACCAUGUCAUCUUGAACCAUUUGAUGACCACGUCGAUCAAGAAUGAAGUGCUCACAGUAGCUUGUAUUACCCGAUACCUGGGAAAAUUUGUUACCCAAAUCAUGCACUCACCAGCUGAUAAAUAG